AGCACACCGGUAGCAAAUUCAAAAAAUCCCAACGGGAAGAUUUAGAUUCGAAUUGUGCCAAGUCCGUGUGAAACGCAACCAAUCAAUCAAUCAAAAAGCGCCUCUCCGCAUAUUUAAGCCCCAAGCCCGCCCAUACAUUAUCCACACCAACAUCUCAACUAGGGCACAAUUACGCCCGCCGUUCACUCUCAAACUCAGAAGAUCGAUGGAGAAACACGAGGAUUUGGACGACGUCGGCGGGGCUAAUAAGAGGGGCCGGGAGGAGGAGGAGUCAGGCGACAAGGAGGGGGGGGUAUGACCGUAUGAGGAGGAGGAGUCAGUAGGCGAUGAUGAUUCUGAGAACGCGGACGACGACGAGGAUUCUGAGAACAGCGAGGAGGAGGAUUCCGACUUCGACAGUACUGACACUGGUGAGAUGGACGUCGACGACCACGGAGACUGGUUGGAUCUCUCUGAGUUCCUAAAAAAGCCCGAGAAAACCCCCUCGUCCAUGGCCUUUCCGGCUUCAUUUCUCAGGUAUUGUCAGGAGAAGCACAAGCCUCGCCGCCGCAACGAAACCGUCCUCGUCAACAUUGUGGAGGACGACGAGGGGCUGGUCAGGGAGAAGACUUACAGUGUGUGGGAGAGGAAGAGCCAAAACAGGAAGAUUACGAUGGUGAGAAUACCCCUCUCGCUUCGCAUCUUGAUGAAGUCAUGGUGCUUUUAUCAACAUCACACAAAAUGCACAACCAAGAACUUCUUCCACCACAUCAACUGAUAUAACUGGUUCAUUGCUGGUAGCCUGGUACACUUAUGACUUUCUCAUCUUUCUGCUCGUGUUUAUUUUACGUGUACUACUCUAAGUUUCCCUUCAGCAAUUGGAGUUAUUGCCCCCAUUAUCCUUGUUUCCCUGUUUUUU